AUGGUGCAGGACGACAAGAAGCCCACUGCUGCAGAGAAGGGCAAGGGCAAGGCCGAGGAUACCCCCAUGCAAAAUGGAGACGCAAAGCAACCCGCCCCAAAAGAUGGCGAUAAAACUCUGAAUGGCAAGAAAGACGAGCCCGCCGAAGAGGAGCUCAGUGAGGAAGAUCAACAACUCAAGAGCGAACUCGAAAUGCUGGUCGAGCGAUUAAAGGAAGAUGAUGCCUCCCUCUAUAAGCCAGCCAUUGAAGCCAUCAAGAACUUCAUCAAGACUUCCACCUCGUCUAUGACUGCCGUCCCCAAACCUCUCAAGUUCCUCCGACCGCACUAUGAUGACCUCGCAGCUCUCUAUGACAAAUGGUCUACUGGCCCCGACCGAGACUCACUAGCAGACAUGCUCUCAGUGCUUGGAAUGACCUACGGAGAUGAGGAAAAGCUGGAAACCCUCAAGUACAGAUUGCUGUCCAAAUCAGACGACCUAGGCUCUUGGGGCCAUGAGUACAUUCGUCAUCUGGCGCUUGAGAUUGGCCAGGAAUAUCAGAACCGAUUGACAGACGAGCGGGAAGUUGGAGAUCUCACCGAACUUGCCUUGUCUCUUGUUCCAUACUUCCUGAGCCACAACGCAGAAGCAGACGCGGUCGAUCUGUUAUCAGAGCUGGAAAUGAUCGAGGAAAUCCCGAGAUUCCUUGAUGAAAACACCUUCUCGCGUGUUUGCCUGUAUAUGCUGGGCAUGGUCAAUUUACUCACAUAUCCCGAUGAUGUCGCUUUUCUGAAGACAGCACAUGAUAUCUAUGUCAAAUACAACAAACUCGCCCAAGCUAUCGUGGUGGCCAUCAGACUCAACGACCACGAGCUAAUACGGCAAGAUUUGGAGUCAACUGAUGAUGCUGCCCUGAAGAAGCAGAUGGCUUUCCUUAUUGCUCGUCAAAGAAUAUCCCUGGAUGUGCCCUCCGAGACCAAAGAUGAGCAAGAAAUCGCCGAGUGUCUGGGGAACACACAACUACCUAAUCAUUUCAAGACUCUCGCCAAAGAACUCAACAUCCUCGAACCAAAGGUCCCCGAAGACAUCUACAAGACACAUCUCGAGAGUGGGCGUGGAAGCUCUGCUGCAGCAGACUCGGCUAAGCACAACCUAGCUAGUGCCUUUGUGAAUGCAUUCGUCAAUGCUGGCUUCGGUAGUGACAAGUUGAUGCUUGUGGAAGGUGAACAGCGCCCGUGGGUGUGGAAAACCAAGGAUGAUGGCAUGCUUUCAACCACCGCAUCUUUAGGUCUCCUGAUGCAGUGGGACGUUGAAGGAAGUCUCGAUACUAUCGACAAAUUCCAACAGCUAUCUGAAGACACUAUUAAGGCUGGUGCCUUGUUAGCAUAUGGUAUUGUCAACUCGGGUGUCAGAAUGGAAGGCGAUCCUGUCAUUUCUCUCCUUAGCGACGACGAUGUUUUGCAGAGCUCGAAGCCUUCCAUCAGAUUGGCCGCAAUUAUGGGUCUAGGUCUUUCGUAUGCUGGGUCAAAUCGAGAAGACCUACUCGACUAUCUUCUCCCUAUCGUAGAGGAUGGCUCGUUAGAGAUCCAGCAGUCUGCCAUGGCCGCCGUCUCUCUCGGUAUGAUCUUCGUGGGUUCUUCGAACAACCAGGUUGCAGAAGCAAUUGCUACUCAAUUGAUGGACGAUGAGCGACAGAAACAGUUGAAGGACAAGUGGGCCAGAUUCAUGGCUCUCGGUCUGGCCCUGCUCUACUUCGGCAAACAAGAAGAGGUUGACGUGAUUCUGGAUAUUCUGAAAGCAGUAGACCAUCCUAUGGCUACACCUACUGCAACCCUUGCCUCUGUGUGCGCCUGGGCAGGCACUGGAGCGGUGCUCAAGCUACAGGAACUCCUCCACAUCUGCAACGACCAUAUCGAAGACAAAGAAGAGAAUACGGGAGAACAACUUGUGCAAUCUUACGCUGUUCUCGGACUCUCUCUCAUCGCCAUGGGCGAAGAUGUGGGCCAAGACAUGGUUCUCCGACAAUUUGGCCAUCUCAUGCACUAUGGAGAGGCAAACAUUCGGAAAGUUGUGCCGCUGGCCAUGGGUCUCAUCAGCCCUAGCAAUCCUCAGAUGAAGAUCUAUGACACCCUUUCAAGGUACAGUCACGAUAAUGACAAUGAUGUCGCAAUCAAUGCCAUUUUCGCCAUGGGUCUUGUCGGUGCAGGAACCAACAACGCACGCCUGGCGCAACUCCUGAGGCAAUUAGCCAGCUAUUACCACCGAGAUCAAAACUCGCUCUUUAUGGUGCGAAUCGCGCAAGGGCUUCUGCAUAUGGGUAAAGGGACCAUGUCGCUGAAUCCCUUCCACACGGACCGACAAGUUCUAUCAAGAGUUGCUGCCGCUGGCCUGCUGACGGUUCUCGUGUCUCUUAUUGACUCGAAGCAAUUUAUCCUCGGUGAUGGUCACUAUCUUCUCUACUUCUUAGUGGCCGCAAUGUACCCCAGAUUUUUGAUCACCUUGGAUGAGGAUCUAAAACCUCUUACGGUCCACGUCCGCGUUGGCCAGGCUGUCGACGUUGUUGGAGCAGCUGGUCGACCAAGAACCAUUACUGGCUGGCAAACGCAGAGCACUCCAGUGCUUUUGGCUUACGGCGAACGAGCAGAAUUGGAGGAUGAAGAAUAUAUCUCUUUGAGCAGUACGCUAGAAAACUUGGUGAUCUUGCGCAAGGUUCGUUACGACCACUCCAUCCCGCUGUCUUGA